CUCAAAUAUACAACGUAGGGUUCAUCAUGGUUCAGACAUGAAUAAAAGCUUUGCUUUCCCCGACUUUCUGACUAGAUCGCAACUUUAACUGUCAUAAACGAAACAACAUUAGUCAAGAUACUCUUUUCAUAAUUUUCCCCCUUUCAAAAAGGAUCACUAUAGACUUCUUGAGCCACUCUCUCUGUCGGUCUGCGAUCUGCCUGCAAGUACCUCAAGUUUCUGUCACUCACAACACUUGACAAAGCACGCGACGCCUUAUCUUCACCUCAGCCCACUCUGCUAGCACUUCCCCUUACUCCUAUUGCCGCCUCUUCCUCAUGUCAUCUCUUAUCAAUCCUACCAUGAGGUCAUGUGCCUCUCUCCUAUCCCGGGUGUCCGUCCCAUCCACUCGGCCGGCACCCCGGACCCUCGGCCGAGCCGUUCGGCCCCUCAUUGUCGGAGGUGCGGCGCAGACCCGGUACAGCUCUCACUCUCCCAUGGGUACACCUCCGGCUGUCCAACGCAAGAAGGUCACUGUCGGUACACUUCGCUCCAUGCACCGCAAGGGUGAUCCCAUCACCGUCAUGACAGCUCAUGACUUCCCCAGUGGUCAUGUUGCUGAUCAUGCUGGUAUGGACAUCAUCCUUGUGGGAGACAGUCUCGCCAUGGUAGCACUUGGUAUGGAGGAUACUAGUGAGAUUAUUUUGGAAGAGAUGCUUUUACAUUGUCGAUCUGUUGCGAGAGCGACAAAGUCGGCUUUCACUGUUGGAGAUCUACCCAUGGGCACUUAUGAGAUUGGUCCUGACCAGGCUCUAGCUACUGCCAUCCGCUUCAUCAAAGAAGGCCGUGUCCAAGGCGUCAAGCUUGAAGGUGGUAAGGAGAUGGCCCCCACCAUCAAGAAGAUUACCACUGCUGGCAUUCCCGUCCUUGGCCAUAUUGGCUUGACUCCUCAGCGACAAAACGCACUUGGUGGCUUCCGCGUCCAGGGCAAGACAAGUAGUGGUGCAAUGAGCAUUCUCGAAGAUGCCCUUGCUCUUCAGGAAGCUGGUUGUUUUGCCAUGGUUGUUGAGGCAGUUCCUGCUGAGGUGGCCGCGCUCAUCACUGAGAAGCUCUCCAUUCCCACCAUCGGUAUUGGCGCUGGCAACGGUACCUCGGGCCAGGUCCUGGUACAAGUCGAUAUGAUUGGAAACUUCCCUCCCGGUCGAUUUCUGCCCAAAUUUGUCAAGAAGUAUGGUGAUGUCUGGGGAGAGAGCUUGAGAGCUAUCGAGGCGUAUCGGGAUGAAGUCAAGUCGCGCCAAUACCCUGCUCCUGAGCACACAUACCCCAUUUCGGCGGAGGAACUUGAGAACUUUACUAAGGCGAUAGAAGAAUUCAGCCUUGUUAUCAUCAUCCAAAAGCAGGAGUCAAAGAACGGCGCAAAUGCACUGUUGACGUACAAGAAGACACUGUCUGUCUCCUUACACCUCAAUUUCUUCCUCAGAUAUCUCACGACCUCUUCAAAGCGCCUUGUUGCGCUAAUCUUGCACACGUCUUGCGCCAACAACGGAGCAGACCCCACGGGUUUAAACCGCACUACGACCUUGUCCGCCUUGAAGGCUCCAGCAGUUGCAAGUGCGGCGCUCGCAUCUCGUGGUAGAUCAGCCAACACCACUGAGGCGGACAUGGUAAGUGGUAAGUUGGGGGAUGCGGCACCGCUUCCUGCUCCUUCAUUAUCAGCCAGAGGCAUGGGUGAGGCGUUCGAGGGUGAGGGUGAUGGUGAGGGCACCCAUUCUGCUGGCGGGUUGUCCGACAUUUUGAAGAUCUUGUGCUUUUGA